AUGGCCGGAGUGGAGUCCGAAGGCGGAGCGGAGCGGCCAGCGGAGAGCUCGCCUCUGACAGGAAAGCCUAGCUGGCUUCCCCGGUGCCUUCUCCGGCUGCUGCCUGCUGGAUUCGCGGGUGAAGUUAAGGAAUUAUGUGCAAUGGCGUUACCCAUGUUCCUGUCUAAUAGUUUGGUGUUCCUGGUGAAUAUAGUGAGCUCUAUUUUCUGUGGACAUUUAGGCAAAAUUGAACUGGACUCCGUGAUACUCGCUAUUGCUGUCAUAAAUGUUACUGGUAUGUCUGUGGCUGCAGGCUUGUCCACUGCUUGUGAUACACUCCUAUCUCAGACAUAUGGCAGUAAGAAUAUGAAACGCGUUGGGGUUAUUUUACAGAGGGGGAUUCUGAUCCUAUUACUGUUCUGUUUUCCCUGCUGGGCCAUCUUCAUUAACACUGAAAACAUCCUUCUGCUCUUCAGACAGAACCCCAUAAUCUCCAGGUUAACACAAACCUAUGUGAUGAUUUUUAUCCCGGCUCUCCCAGCUGUGUCCCUCUAUCAGCUGCAAGCACGUUAUUUACAAAAUCAGGGUAUAAUAUGGCCUCAGGUUUUUACUGGUGUUGUCGGAAAUAUCAUCAAUGCUGUUUUGAAUGCCAUUUAUCUAUAUGGUCUGAAUAUGGGAAUAGUAGGCUCAGCUUGGGCUAAUACAGUUUCCCAGAUUGCAUUGUGUUUUCUGCUUUUUAUCUAUAUACGUGUGAAAAAUCUUCAUGUGGAAACCUGGGCAGGUUGGUCCAGAGAUUGCCUCCAAGAAUGGGGGUCUUUCAUUCGCCUGGCCAUUCCCAGCAUGCUCAUGGUCUGUAUAGAAUGGUGGAGCUUUGAAAUUGGAGGAUUCUUAGUUGGCCUUAUUGGUGUGGUGGAACUUGGUGCACAGGCCAUAAUGCUAGAGCUGGUAGUAGCAUGCUUCACGAUACCGUUUGGUUUUUCAGUGGCUGCCAGUGUCAGAAUAGGAAACGCUUUAGGUGCUGGAGAUAUCAACCGAGCCAAACUCACUACUAAAGUUUCCAUCAUCUGUGCAGUGUCUGCUGCAGUGCUGAUUGGUAUUCUAGUUUCCACAUUAAGGCAUUAUAUUGCUUACAUUUUUACGUCAGACAGCGAAAUUGAUCUACUGGUUUCCCGUCUCCUCCUUAUAUAUGCUCCAUUUUGUGUUAUUGAUGCCUUUUCUAUCACCUUUGGUGGAGUGCUUCGGGGAUCAGGAAAGCAAAAGAUUGGUGCCAUUUUGAAUUUUGUUGGGUAUUACAUCAUCGGUUUGCCAAUAGCAGUAUUCCUGAUGUUUCCUGUAAAACUUGGAGUUAUAGGUUUUUGGUCUGGAAUGAUUAUUUCUGUUUUCCUGCAAGUUUUGUUCUUUGGAGCAUUUAUUACAUGUAUGGAUUGGAACAAAGCAUGUGAAGAGGCUCAGGUUCGAGCAGGGGUGAAACUAGACAAACAGGAUUCCAACGGAACACAGGUGGAGGGUCCUGGUUCGGACAUGGCUGAAAAUGGUUUGAUUGCAAACCUAAGGAUCUAA